AGCUUAUUUAGGUUUCACCUAAUCAUUUUAUUUUCUGAAUUUUUCUCUGCUGUCCACUAUGAUACCGUCCCAAGCAAACUCUACAGGCUCCAUUCCUCAACUCGAUGACAUGGUCCAUCCCUUUAUUUCCACCACACUUGGUAGCGAGGUUCAAUACGACUCGUCAGUAGCGUCAUCACCCAUCGCCACCCCAGGAAACGAGUACAAGUACACACAAUCAAGAAGUGCUCCUCUCUCUACUGCAGUCUUGAAGGACUUGGCUCUUCUUACCGAUGAAGUCAUCCACACCUCAAGAUUGAAUGAUAUCCGUAACAAAAAGGGUUAUAUUAUCGAUAUGGAUGGCGUUAUUUAUCAUGGCUCUACUUUGUUACCUGGAGCCAAGGAAUUCGUCCAGUUCUUGCAUGAUAACAACAAGGAAUUUUUGUUCUUGACAAACAACUCGGCACCUACGCCCAGAGAACUGAAACAAAAGUUGGGUCGUCUCGGAAUUGAUGUCGAUGAAAGCCGAUUUUACACUGCCGCUUUGGCUACCGCCCAAUUCCUCUCUACUCAGAUGCCUGAAGGAGGUUCCUGCUAUGUUAUUGGCGAGCCAGGAUUGACCUUUGCUCUCUAUUCCAAGGGAUUCUAUAUGAAUGAUGUCAACCCUGACUAUGUUGUCCUUGGAGAAGGACCUUCAUACGAUUAUGAAAAGAUGUGCAAGGCUGUCUCUUUGGUGAUGAAGGGAGCAAAGUUGAUCGCAACCAAUUUGGAUGUAGAGACCCUCAACUCCAAGGGAGAGGUUAUUCCAAGCUGUGGAGCUUUCACCGCUGCCAUUGAACUUGUUACCAAGACCAAGGCCUUCUUCUGCGGCAAGCCUUCCGCUCUCAUCAUGCGUUAUGCCCAGCGAUCAUUGGGAAUAAACCAUGAAGAUACCUGCAUCAUUGGCGACCGUAUGGAUACUGAUAUUGUUGCUGGUGUGACUUCUCAAAUUGACCCUGUGUUGGUCCUUUCUGGCGUAACGAAAAUGGAUGACCUUCGCAACUUCACCUACCGUCCCUACGUCAUCCUUGGUGGUGUCUAUGAGAUCCCUUACAACCCGGAACAACAGAACUGAAGAGGUGGUUCAUUAAGCAAGCGAUUAUCAAUUGGUUAUCUACUAUCCGGCCAAUUGCUUUUUCGUACAGUAUUUCUAUUGUAUAGUAACGCACUGAGCGUUUUGCCCCCAUUCCCAAUAUUUCCACGCAUCAUCCACUAUAAACUUUGUAAUUAUUUUUUUUUAUCAAUCAAUUGUGUCUGUAGCUGGCGGCACGAUGCGCUUGAGUGUGCGCUCGCUUAUAUUUUGUGCGUCAUGAUUGUUAAAAUGGUUCAGGAUGUAAAAAUGACAAAAGCAACGUCGAAGAAAAGAGUCACUAGUAGCAAAC